AUGACUACAUUGAUUGAACACAUGAUCUUUUACAGAUCUUACCAUUUCAACAGCACCAAUGUCAAAAUUCACUUGGUUUGCAUUCCAAUCAUCUUGCUUUCUGCAAUUACGUUCUUGACUCCAGUUGGUUUACCAUUCAUCUCUACAAGUCCACUGGUCAACGUUGGUAUCGUCAGUGCUUGGCUUUACGGCUUGUAUUACAUUUCCUUGGACUGGAAAGUUGGAAUUCCAGCAGCAUCUAUUGUGAUUGGCUAUGGUCAUUUCAUCGGCAACUACUAUAGGUCCUUAUCUGCAACCACAUCACCUACAUCUAGUCAAUUUAUUCAUUAUGCAAUUGCAGCACAUGCAUUUGCCUGGAUUGCUCAAUUCUAUGGCCAUGGUGUGCAUGAAAAGAGAGCACCAGCCUUGCUUGAUAACUUGUUGCAAGCUUUGGUUUUGGCUCCAUUUUUCGUUGCUUUUGAAGUUGCCUUUUUUUUGGGAUUUAGAAGGGAUCUUGCAAAGAAAAUGGAUAAUGAGGCUGGUAAAAGAGUUAGAGAGUUUAGAUUGCAAGAAAAGGCCAAAAAAGCUCACUCUUAA